GUGCACAGCUGCAGCGAAGGCUGAUUUGUGUUAGACAAUGUUGUUAGUGUUUUCUAGUCUGCGCUACUUUAGAAAGAGAGACCGAGUGUGUGUACUUUAGGAAGAUACAUGCACAGGACGUAAGCGGAUAUGCAAAGGGAGAUCUGAGCACAUAGACCUGAACAAGCCGGGAGACGACAUGGCUGCAGAGAAGGAUUGUGCGGCCUUAUGAACCCAUGUGGAGGACGUUAGCCUUUUUUUGCUGCCGUGUACUGUAAAAAUCUGUGAUUUGAGCUUCAGGUGAAAAUCCAUGGGGCCCUGAGCUGGUUUGGGCAUCUUUCAUUUUCAGGCAUGGGCUGCACGUCCAGUGUGUUUUUACUACAUGCUCUGCGCACCAUACUGAGAAGAAACAACUCCAGCAACUGUUCAUACCCGCAAGAAAGACUUUUUUUGGAAAUCCCACCACUGGAAGAGGAGACAGUCAUCAGUAAACCACAAGCUAUUUCCAUCAUGCAGGAGAAACCCAAACUGAUUGAUCCUUUGGACUAUGAGGCGGUAAUCUCAGAGCUGGAACCUGAGUUCAGGGAAGACCCACUGCAGGACUUGCUAUUAUUUCCAGACUUCGACUUUACUGUGUCCAGUCUUCCUGUGGAGCAGAGAACAGUAAAGUCCACUGUGCCAGAAGGUGCUGAUGAACACACUGAAUGUCUGCUGGUCAGACAGGCCUGUCAGUACUUCAACUCCCAACAGCACGUGGUCCAGUACAAAUAUGAAGACUACGCUGGUGACUACCGCAUACUGCCCAGAAAGCUGUAUAAAGCUGAGAAGUUGCCCUCACACUCAUUUGAAAUCGACCAUGAAGAUGUGGACAAGGAUGAGGACACAACGUCUUUGUCAUCAUCCAAAGGUGGAGGAGGGAGUGGGACUGGAGGGGGAAUCGGUGUAUUUAAGUCUGGCUGGCUGUAUAAAGGAAACUUUAAUAGCACCGUCAACAACAGUAUUACUGUUCGGUCCUUCAAAAGGAGAUAUUUUCAAUUAACCCAGUUGACUGACAACUCUUAUAUCAUGAACUUCUACAAAGAUGAGAAAAUCUCUAAAGAACCAAAAGGCUGCAUUUUUCUCGACUCGUGCACAGGGGUGGUUCAGAACAGUCGGUUGAGGAAACACGCCUUCGAACUGAAAAUGAAUGAGGUGACGUAUUUUGUCCUGGCUGCCGAGAAUGAGGUAGACAUGGAUGACUGGAUGAACACGCUCAUACGGAUCCUACAGAUUAGUCCUUCAGAUGGCUCGGUUCUGGACCGAAAAAGUUUGGACCUGAGUGAGAGUAAGCAAGAUAUCAUUGAAAUGUCUUUGAAUGUUGUUCCUGUCCCUGAAAAUGAGGAACCAGCUGAAAAAGGAAUCCACCCUGAUCUGGCAAAGUAUAUUUCUGAGUCUGAAGAAGGGGCCAGAGCUGCCAGAAGAGAGGAAAGACUAAACCUGUUCUCCCUGGACCCCGACAGUCCUGUUUUGAGAAGCCCAAGGCUGGAUUGUGGGGUGUCUGUUUCCGUCCGGCCGUUUGAGGAGAAACUUGGCAGGAGACUGAUGAUAUCCUGUCGCUCGCUCAACCUCACACUGCAGGGCUGUGUGAACGAGGUCGACAAUGAGCCGCUCACUAAUAUUGAACCUUUUUUUGUAACGCUCGCUCUCCUGGACAUUCGUGAGGGAAGGAAGAUUUCCGCUGACUUCCACGUGGACCUAAACCACGAGGUUGUGCGAAAGAUGCUCAACAACUGUGGUAAUUCAGGCGGUCAGGGGCUGGUUGGAGGUAAUGAUGCUGUGCAGGAGAAUGGACCUGCGGAGAAGAAAACUGAAGACUGCCAUCUGAGCCCGGACCUGGAGAACUGGCUGUGUUUUCCUAAACAGGCUAUUUUUUCCAUUACAAACCCGCACACAGACAUUGUGAUGGUGGCACGUGUGGAGAAAGUUUUGAUGGGAAAUAUCACCGGUGGUGCAGAACCUUACAUUAAAAACACAGAUUCUAGCAAGACUGUUCAAAAGCUGUUGAAGUCCAACAAGCAGUUCUGUAGCAAACUUGGAAAGUACCGAAUGCCUUUCGCCUGGUCUGUAAGGUCAGUGUUUAAGGAUAAUCAGGGUAUGGUGGACAGGGAAUCUCGCUUUUCCCCUCUCUUCAAACAGGACAGCAAUAAGAUCUCCACAGAAGACCUCAUCAAACUCAUCACAGAGUACAAGAGGGCUGAAAAGACCAGUAAACUCCAGACCAUCCCAGGAAGCCUUGAAAUAAAUGUGGACUGUGUUCCCAUGGAGUGUCCCAAUUGUGUGACAUCAUCAUAUGUUCCUCUGAGGCCGUUUGAGGACGGCAAUCUGCAUGCGGCUACGGUGGAGGUAGAGGAGUUUCAGCAGAACUCUCCAAAGUUUGCCCAUCCUUACACUGUCUACAAGAAUCACAUCUAUGUCUACCCUAAACACCUAAAGUAUGACAGCCAGAAGAGCUUUGCAAAGGCGCGAAACAUUGCCGUUCAUGUGGAGUUUCGCAGCUCUGAUGAAGAAAAUACCAAGCCACUAAAGCGCAUCUAUGGAAAACCAGGAGGCCCAGUUUUUACCACGACUGCCUGGUCGACGGUUCUUCAUCAUUCGCAGAACCCAGAUUUUUAUGACGAGGUUAAGAUUGAGCUGCCCACACAUCUUCAUGAGAAACAUCAUCUCCUCUUCUCCUUCUAUCAUGUGACGUGUGACAUCAAUGCCAAAACUAGCUCAAAGAAGAAAGAGGCUCUUGAAACUCCAGUGGGUUAUGCCUGGCUUCCUCUUCUGAAGGAUGGACAGCUUUCCUCUCAGGAAUUCAAUAUUCCAGUUUCGUGUACUUUGCCUAGUGGAUAUCUUCUCAUUAAAGAACCUUCAUCCAACAAAAAUGGCUCAGAUGUGAAAUGGGUUGAUGGCGGUAAGCCGAUCUUCAAAAUGUCAUCUUUGGUGCUUUCUACAGUUUACACCCAGGACCCGCAUCUGAAUGGUUUUUUCCGGCAGUGCCAAAAUCGAGAGUCAGACCUCUCUCAACCUCCUACCUCAAAUUUUCUCAAUUCUCUAAAGGGGCUUCUAAGUAUGGAGAAGAUUCAUGUCAUCAUCCGCUUCCUGCCUGUUAUCUUCAACCAGCUUUUCAAAGUGAUCACCCAAAACGACACAGAAGAGGUGACCACCAGCACCACUAGGGUACUGGUCCACAUCCUAGGGAAGUGUCAUGAGCAGAACCUACAGCACUAUUUGCACUCCUACAUAAAGUUUGUGUUUAAGACUGAAACAUGCGGCUUCAGAACGGUCCACGAGGAGCUGGCAAAGGGAAUGACCUCCGAUCUCAAGAGCAACGAACAGGCAGUCAUCAGGAAUAUCCUUAGGUUCUCAUGGUUUUUCAUGGAGAUCAUGACAAAGUCUAUGGCUCAGCAUCUAGUGGACUCUGUUAAGCUGAAGCUCCCCCGACCACAACGAUUCCCUGGAACCUUCCAGAGUCGACUGGAGAGCCUGAUUAUGACCAUGUCAGAUCAUAUCUACUGGAAAAACAAAGAGUUACCUGAGGAGACACGCAGUGCCAACAUGGCCAUAGCAGCAUUUCUGAAGCGGUGCUUCACGUUUAUGGACAGAGGUUUCACCUUCAAAUUGAUCAACAACUAUAUCAACAAUAUCACAGCCAAUGACAACAAGAUGCUGUUUGAGCUGAAGUUUGAGUUCAUAAGGGAAGUUUGUAACUAUGAGCACUAUGUGCCUCUGAGUCUUCCCGUCCCAUCUGCACGAAUCAUAGAUAAGGCAGCACCAGAAACCAGAAGUGCUCAGGUGGACAUUCCCGAGUACAGUUUGACGGAAGAGUUUUGUAGGAAGCAUUUUCUGACGGGAUUGUUGUUGAGAGAGCUGGGGCUCGCUUUGCAUGAUGAACAAGACCUGAGACAUCUUGCCCUGGCCUGCCUGAAGAACCUCAUGGCCAAACACUCGCUAGACUCCCGCUAUGCUGUGAAGGAGAAACAGGCACGGAUAGCCACUCUGUACCUGCCUCUUUAUGGACUGAUCCUUGAUAACAUGCCUCGGUUUUUCAUGAGAGAUCUGUUUUCAGUCUGCCUGACCAAUAAUGACCAGGAUUCCAAAGAAGAUCUGACUGUUGGACCUGGUCAGACGGCCCUCACCUUACGCAAUGGCAACUCAAUGGAUGCGUCCUUCUCCAAAGAGGUGCUCAACUCCAUAACAGCCUUUUCCUCGCUGGCCAUAUCAACAGCAAAUAAUGCAGACUCCAGAGGUUCGCUCAUUAGCAACGAAUCAAACCCUAGCAACGGUGACCGGAACGGUGAGAAGACGGACGCAUGUGAAAAGUUUGCCAGGCCGCAGUCCCUCAUUGGUUUCGCUCCCCGCUUUGACAAACUGGACCAUGCAGAGACCAGAAGUCUGCUCAUGUGUUUUCUGCACAUCAUGAAGACAAUUUCAGAGGAGGUGAUGGUUUCAUACUGGCAACGAGCGAUUCAUCAGGAAAUCAACGAUUUCUUUAACAUUCUGGAACUAUGCCUCCAACACUUCCGAUUUCUUGGAAAGCGACACAUUGCCAGGAAGUUAGCAGCCGCUCUAAAGCUGGCUCAGGCCACGCAGAACAAUGGCACCCUGAAGGGGUCUAACAUGUCCUCCCAGACUUCAGGGCUCCUACCUCAAUGGAUGAUGUCCACUCAGGAUGGGCACAGGCACGCCCGCUCUCAGACCAUGCCCAUUAUCAGGACUAAGAAUGCCCUCACUAACCCUAAACUGCUGCAUAUGAUGGAAGCAGAUGGAAAUAUUCCUGAGGGAGAUAACUUCAGCCCUACAGACAUUGAGGCAAACCUCUCUACUGAAGUAGCCCUAACCGUUCUGGAUGUACUAGGCCUGUUUGUUCACCAUCACAAGAAACAGUUGCAACACAACGAAGGUCAAAACUCUUUGAUGAAGAAAGUGUUUGACACGUACCUGCUGUUCUUCCAGAUCAACCAAUCCACCACCACCCUCAAACAUGUCUUUACUGCUCUGCGCCUCUUUAUUCAAAAGUUCCCAUCAGCAUUUUUCCAGGGUAAAGCUGAUCUGUGUGGCAGUUUGUGUUAUGAGAUCUUGAAGUGUUGUAACCAUCGGUCCAGCUCCACACAGAUGGAGGCAGCUGCACUGCUUUACUUCCUCAUGAGAACAAACUUUGAGUUUACAAAUGGAAAGUCUAUCGUCCGCUCACACCUGCAGGUCAUUAAAGCAGUUAGUCAGCUGAUCGCAGAUGUAGGCAUUGGUGGGUCACGAUUUCAGCAGUCUCUGGCCAUCAUCAACAACUUUGCCAAUGGGGAUGCACCUCUCAAAAACACAGCAUUCCCAGCUGAGGUGAAGGACCUGACGAAGAGGAUUCGCACGGUGCUUAUGGCAACAUCUCAAAUGAAAGAACAUGAAAAAGACCCGGAAAUGUUGGUGGACCUACAGUACAGCCUCGCCAACUCUUACGCCAGCACACCUGAACUCAGACGCACCUGGCUGGAGAGUAUGGCCAAGAUUCACGUUAGGAACGGAGACUUGUCUGAGGCAGCCAUGUGCUACAUCCACAUCUCAGCCCUUAUAGCAGAGUCCCUAAAGAGGAGAGGUUACUGGAAGCCUGAGAAGAGUCGGAUCUCCAGCACGAACAAAGAGGAAAGCUGUGUCAUUAACUGUAACCCUUUACUAACCCUACCCCAGGAUGGAGAAACAUUGUUCAGUAUGGGCUGGGCCGCCUUUUUGAAUAUCUCUCCUAAUGUUAAAGAAGAGGGAGCAAUGAAGGAAGACGUGGGUACACAGGACACUCCUUACACUGAGGACACAUUGGUGGAGCAGUUGGAGCGGUGUGUGGAUUAUCUGUGGAAGUCCGAGAGAUACGAGCUCAUCGCGGAUAUAAACAAACCUGUCAUAGCUGUCUUUGAGAAGAGACGAGAUUUCAAGCGUUUAUCCGACCUGUACUACGACAUUCAUCGCUCAUAUCUGAAGGUGACAGAGGUUGUGAACUCUGAGAAACGCCUGUUUGGUCGAUACUAUCGUGUUGCUUUCUAUGGACAGGGGUUCUUUGAGGAAGAGGAGAGCAAAGAGUUUAUCUAUAAGGAGCCGAAACUCACAGGACUGUCAGAGAUUUCUCAGAGGCUUCUCAAACUGUAUUCGGACAAGUUUGGAGCUGAUAAUGUCAAGAUGAUCCAGGACUCCAACAAGGUGAAUCCGAAAGACUUGGACCCGAGAUUUGCCUACGUACAGGUGACGUUUGUACUGCCUUAUUUUGAUGAUAAAGAGCAGCUGGAUAAGAAAACUGACUUUGAACAGCAUCACAACAUCAGCCGCUUUGUCUUUGAAACGCCCUUCACGCUUUCGGGAAAGAAACACGGAGACGUGGAAGAACAGUGCAAGAGAAAGACCAUCCUGACCACAAGCUCCAGUUUUCCCUUUCUUAAGAAACGUAUCGAGGUGGUGGAACAGCAGAGUACAGAGAUGAACCCCAUUGAGGUGGCGAUAGAUGAGAUGAGCCGAAAAGUGUCUGAACUCAAACAGCUGUGCAACAUGGAGGAAGUGGACAUGAUCCGGCUCCAGCUAAAACUGCAGGGCAGCGUCAGUGUUAAGGUAAAUGCAGGGCCUAUGGCAUACGCGCGAGCCUUUCUUGAGGAGAAAAAUGCCAAGAAAUACCCUGAUAACCAAGUCAAACUUCUCAAAGAGAUCUUCAGGCAGUUUGCAGACGCAUGUGGUCAGGCUUUACAUGUGAAUGAGCGUCUAAUAAAAGAAGAUCAGGUGGAGUAUCAGGAGGAGAUGAAAGCUCAUUAUAAAGACAUGAUCGCUGAACUGUCUGCCAUUAUGAAUGAACAGAUUCACCAAAGGUAGCCAGGGGAGCAGAACGGCGCUUCACCUUCUGAGCUGCCAGAAACUGCUUACACACCGAUGGACAAUUUGAUCCAAGAUGGCCGCCGAGUCCUCGGGCUGGUUACAGUUCUGAGGGAGUAGCAGCAUUUGCAAAUGAUAGUUUCUGACAAAAAGGGUAAAACAAAUUCUAGAAAUUAAUGAAGUGCAAAACAUUAAAGGACACAUAUUACACCAAAUCCACUUUUUGGCCGCUGACUGACUAGUUAUUUUUACCCAAAAGCUUUUCUAAACGUGUAUGUUUGCACAUUGUAGC